UCGAUAUCGAUAGUCUCACAUCCAACGCUAUUUAUAACACUAUGAAGUGAAUCAACCAAUCAGAAAUUGGCAAUCAGCUGGCAGUUUGACAAGACAAGUGACAGACACAAAAGCCGGCAGAAGCUGUAGCCGCUAGCCGGUGAAUGUUUUUAAGAUUUUAUGUUUUUAAAUAACUUACAUCUUCGACUUAAUGUUAUUGAAUGUGAAAAAUAUAUACAUUUCCAAGAAAAUGAAAGCAUUUCUAGUUUUAGCAAUUAUUUGCGUUGUUAGUGCAAAGUGGAUUGAAUCUGGCGCUUCAGAACAAUCAAAACCGAAAACUUUGAAUGAUUUUUUUAAAGACUACCAGGAUAAAGAUGCGAACGACGAUUGGAAUAAGAUUAUAAAUUCUUAUGCAACGCAACUGAAUACCCUAGGCAAGCCUGCGACGAUAAAUGUCGGCCAUAAAAAUAACAAAGUUAAAGCUAAAAGAUAUAAGCCAGAUUGGAAGGACUUGGAUUCCCGACCGUUGCCUGAAUGGUAUGAUCGCGCCAAGAUCGGCAUAUUCAUACACUGGGGCGUCUUCAGUGUGCCUAGCUUCCAUUCUGAAUGGUUCUGGUACUUUUGGAAAAGUGAAGCUGAUAAGGACAUUACAAAAUUUAUGGAGAAAAACUACCCACCUGGAUUCUCUUAUCAGGAGUUUGCUCCUAUGUUUACAGCGGAGUUUUUUGAUGCUAAACAAUGGGCAACGCUUUUUGCCAAAUCGGGAGCAAAGUAUGUAGUCCUAACAAGCAAGCAUCACGAGGGAUUUACAAUGUUUCCAUCAAAGCAGUCAUUUAGUUGGAACUCUGUUGAUGUCGGACCUCACCGUGACAUUGUCGGAGAGCUUGGCAAAGCAAUAAGACAAGAGGGCCUAAGAUAUGGCCUGUACCAUUCUCUUUACGAGUGGUACAAUCCCAAGUAUUUGAGUGAUCACUAUUUUAAUUUCACAAGAUUUACAUAUCCGCAAGAAAAGUUAUGGCCUGAUCUGAAACAGCUAAUUAAUGACUACCACCCAUCUGUUAUAUGGUCUGACGGAGAUUGGGAGGCUAAAGACACAUAUUGGAACUCAACGGAACUACUUGCCUGGUUGUACAACGAUAGUCCUGUUAAGGAUUAUGUUGUUGUUAAUGACAGGUGGGGUAAGGGUACAGAGUGUCAUCAUGGAGACUUUUACAAUUGUCAAGAUAGAUAUGAUCCUGGAAAAUUACAAAAACAUAAAUGGGAGAACGCUUUUACGAUUGACCGUAAAUCUUGGGGCUACAGGAGGAAUAUUGAAAUUAAACAAGUGUACACCAUGGAAAAUUUAUUGAGUGUUAUUAUCAGAACAGUUAGCUGUGGUGGCAAUGCUCUUAUUAAUAUCGGACCAACAAAGGAAGGUACUAUAGCACCAAUAUUCCAAGAGAGACUACUAGCAUUAGGGGAUUGGCUCAAACUGAAUGGAGAGGCGAUCUAUGAUACUUCACCAUGGCUGCAUCAAAACGACAGUAUCAAUAACGAUGUUUGGUACACUUGUACCAAAAAUGAAUACAAUGGAGUGCGCCCAACGGCUGUGCCUAGACCGGCUGAAACUGUCACAGCAAUUUACGCACUCUUGACAGAUUGGCCUAAUGAUGAUCAGCUGAAGCUGAAGGAUAUUGUUUCACUUCUUCACAGUGGUGGAUACGAAAUUCGAAUACUCGGCCAAAAGGAUAAUCUUUUAAAAUGGGAAAUUAGCGAUGGACAAGUAGUGAUACAACUUCCACGACAUACUAAAUCUAAAUACGCAUGGGCGUUAAAAAUUAUUAAAAAUUAAAAUGUCUUAUUGAUCAGAACUAGGUACCUACCUACCUACCUUACAUAAAUCUUUUAAGUCUAAUUGUACAGUAAUUUGGGAAUAUUAUUAUUAGUUUUUAAAUAUAUUACUAUAUUAUUUAUUAUUGUUACUCUAGUUGGUUUGAGUAGAUCUACAUUUAUUGAUUAAAAAUAAAUUUACUUUUUAUCAUUA